UACAACCCUUAUGCUUUAGGAUUAAUAUUCGUACAUUAAUAUCCUCUGUAUGUAUGUUUGUCCAUUGUAAUACAUAAUAAUACAUUUCUUGUUCCUAUUCAAUGAAAUUCAGCAAUGUCAAAGCUCUGUAAUCUUUCAAUCCUUGUUAAUGGCGAAGAAACUUUCUUUCUACAUGAGAAAAUUGUAUCAGUAUAUUCUGGAAAGUUGAAGAAGAUGAUCAAAAAAGAAAAGAGAAAAAACAGUUCAGUUAUCGAAAUCGAAGACUUUCCAGGAGGAUCAGAUGGGUUUGAAUUGGUUUCAAGAUUCUGUUACAACAAUGGCAGAAUUGAAAUCACAGUUUCAAAUGUCUGUCUUCUCCAUUGUUGUGCAAUCUUUCUUGAAAUGACUGAUGAGAAAUUAGUCUCAAACUGCAACAACAACAAUAAUAAUAAGAAGAAGAAUCUCUUGAAACAAACAGAGAUUUUUCUUGAAGGAAUAUUUUACUGGUCAUGGAAGGAUACAAUUGCCAGUCUAAAAACAUGCGAGUCAUUUUUCAGUUCUGCAGACUCAUAUGGACUUAUCCAAGAACUAAUAUGCGGUUUAUCAGCUAAGAUUGCUCAAAACUCAGAUAUUAAUCUUCUUGCUUCUUCUUCUUCAUCAUCAUCUUCGCCGGAAACUGCCUUCAGACUCUCCUCUUCAGCAAAAACAACACCAGAAUCGAAACAUAAGCCAUCUUUCUCUUCAGGAAAAAAAUGGUGGUUUGAUGAUUUAUCCUCAUUGUCUCCAUCCAUUGUCGAGAAGUUGAUAAAGAAUUUAGGAGCAUAUGGGAGUGAUAACAAUAGCUUAACCUUGACAAAGUUCAUCCUCCAUUAUCUGAAAAAUAGAGGCGGAAUGAGGUCUGGUGGCCAUGAGUAUGGUGGUCUAGCAGAAACAGCAGUUUAUGGAGUGAGUUUAGUGGGAAGAAGUGCAUUUUCUUGCAGAGGGCUGUUCUUGAUACUAAGGAAUUUGUCUGGGUUUGGAAUGAGCAAAGAUUGCAGAGGAAAAUUAGAGAGACUGAUAGGAAAUUUUCUUGAUGAAGCAACAUUAGAUGAUUUGCUUAUAUCUGGGCAUCAUGAGAGAGGUGUUUAUGAUGUUAAUUUGGUUUUAAGGUUAAUAAGAAUAUUUGUUAAUGGUGAAAUGGUUUCUUUUGAAAGGAUGAAGAAAGUUGGAAGAUUGAUUGAUCAAUAUUUAGGGGAAAUAUCACCUGAUCAUAACCUUAAGAUGUCCAAAUUUCUUGGAGUUAUGGAGAGCUUACCAGAUUCUGCUAGAGACUGCUUUGAUGGGGUGUACAAAGCCAUUGAUAUGUAUCUUCAGUCUCACCCCACACUCCCAUUUGAGGAAAGAUCAAGAAUAUGUGGAUGUCUCAACUAUGAGAAGCUGAGCCUUGAGGCAUGUAAAGACUUGGCCAAGAAUCCAAGAAUCCCUCCAAACAUUGCAGUUGAAGCACUCAAAUCCCAAAAGUGUCAACUUGAAGAAGAUGAUUAUAAUAUGAAUAAGGACAAUGAAGAUAUGAAAAUUAACAUACAGAAGAUGCAAAGAAGAGUGGGUGAGUUGGAAAAGGCUUGCAGAGAGAUGAAAGGUCAGAUGUCAUGGUUGGUUAAGAGAAAUGUCAUUAUUGCACCUUCCCAUUCCAGAACAUUACCUAGACUCUGUUGAAUGGAUUGGAAUUUGAUACACAACUUAUAUAAUUCUUCUUUUUUUUUUCAAAUAUUUUACCAAGAUAUUAUGAUUAUAUAUAGAUUCAUGAAUGUGUUCCAAUUGUGUAUGAUUGUAACUUUGGUCUGUUUUUCAGUUAAUCAAACUUUUGAGAAUUGCUUAUAA